AAAUAAAAUAUAAUGGAAUUAGGGUUUUAGAGAAUAUAUUCGAUAAUAUCUCUUAUUGGAUAAUCUCUCUCUCUCUCUCUGUUACAUUAUCCUCUCCCCUGCCCAAAAAUGGCGGGUUUCUCAUUCUCCUGCUUCUGCUUCAUAAACCCACCAAUCCUCUUCACUCUCCCCUCGGAAUCACCUCUCUUUCUUCUCGGUUCCGGCAAAGAUUCGCCGGCGACGAGACGGCGAGCCAGAAAGCUCGUCGUAUCGAACGCACACUCUAACCCCAAGAUUAUAAACCCGAAGAAGAAGUCUAGGUAUGGGCAGACGUUGUCUCCGUAUGACAGCGACGAAGAGGAAGAGCUUGAUGAUGAGAGUGACGAUGAUGAUGAUGACUGGUUACUCAAUGAUGACUUCGCAGAGGUGACAGAGUAUGAAAAGAAGAAACCAAAGUCACAGAAGACAACCAUUGCUAAGAAAGGUGUGAAGGAGGCCGUGAAAAGUUGGGAAACUGAUGAAGACGACUUAGAUAAUGCCUCUGACAAGAAGAAGAAGGUGGAGAAGGAUUCUUGGCGUUUAGAUGGCCGUGGAAAGGUGAGCACGAGGAAACACGUCGCCAAACUAUACCCUCGUCUCUCAGAAGAGAUCGAUAUAGACCCCAAAUGGGUACCUCUUCUGGACUACUUGAGCACAUUCGGUCUGAAAGAGUCGCACUUCGUUCAAAUGUACGAGCGCCACAUGCCAUCUCUCCAGAUCAAUGUGGUAUCAGCGCAAGAGAGGCUCGACUACUUGCUGAGCGUCGGUGUCAAACACAGAGACAUCAAGAGAAUGCUGUUGAGACAACCACAGAUACUUCAGUACACGGUUGAGAACAACCUCAAAGCUCACAUUUCCUUUCUGAUGGGACUUGGGAUCCCCAAUUCCAAAAUAGGACAGAUAGUUGCCGUAACCCCGUCUCUGUUCUCUUACAGCGUCGAGAACUCCCUGAGACCCACCAUAAGGUAUUUGAUCGAAGAGGUUGGGAUAAACGAGAAUGAUGUAGGCAAAGUUGUGCAGCUUAGCCCUCAGAUUCUUGUUCAGAGGCUUGAUAUAACGUGGAACACUCGUUACAUGUUCCUCUCCAAGGAGUUGGGAGCGCCUAGGGACAGUGUGGUGAAGAUGGUCAAGAGACAUCCGCAGAUUCUUCACUACAGUAUUGAUGAUGGGUUCUUGCCUCGGAUCAAUUUCCUUAGAAGCAUUGGGAUGUGCAAUUCUGAUAUAUUGAAAGUCUUAACUAGCCUUACACAGGUUUUGUCUCUCUCACUGGAGGAUAAUCUGAAGCCUAAGUACAUGUAUUUGGUCAAUGAGCUGAAGAACGAAGUGCACAUUUUGACUAAAUAUCCGAUGUAUCUGAGCUUGUCCUUGGACCAAAGGAUACGCCCGCGGCACCGGUUCUUGGUUGAGUUGAAGAAAGUGCGGAAAGGGCCGUUCCCUCUUAGCUCACUGGUUCCAAACGAUGAGAGCUUUUGUCAACAGUGGGCUGGAACCAGUGUAGAUAAGUAUCUCGCUUUUCGUCAGAGACUAUUACUCAAGGAUUUUGCAAACAAGUAUGAAAAGAGAGGAUAAUGAUGAUGAUGGAAAAAUGGAAGUCAGCAGUUUUGUUUCUUUUGUUGCUUCAAAACCGGUGAAAGAGGUUCAUGAGCAGGACUGUGAAUGACCAUUAACUUCUGGUGAUACACAGUUUCUGCAAGAUACAAACAUUUACAGGAAAAGAGAAUCCUGAGAAAACGGCAUGGCAACAGACAUUAUUCAUUUUUGUCUACACUUCAAGUUCUGCAAUGUUUUGUGGUAUAGUUCUCUCUUUUUUUUUUUUUUCUGCUUAUAGUAAAUCAUGGAGAAGAGAAACACAAUCUCUGUGUAGUGUUUUUUGGCCUUGUUAAUAAUACUAUGAACAUCAUAUAAAGUAUUGUUAGUCCUUCUGCAAACAGAGGUUCAAGUAAAGAUUCAAGUUAUGUAGAUGUGAGAUUCA